AUGGAAAGACGAGACGAGCUGCACCGUCAUGGUUGCAGUAUCGCUAAGCAGACCAUUUUAACAACCCAUCCUAGUGGCUUACAGACCAGAGUCUCCGUUGAACUUGCCAACUUUGACGCAUUAUGUGUUCACUCGGAAUGCAGGUCCAAAAAACCUACUUGGGAGAGUCCGUUUUUGGGUCGGCGUGGUCUUCUGGGUGGAGUAUCAGCGAAUGUGACGCCUGUAUUGGGAAGAAGAAGCGAUGCUGUGAACGAGGGCAGGUUGUCGCAGCAAUGCACUCCUGUGAUGAGGCGAAGAGAGCUGGAGAGUCCAGGUGGUUCCCCCCUUCCCGCGAGGAGGGAGAUGGAAGGAGAAGGUUGUGAUGUUGAUAACAGUGUCAUCAGCGGAUGGCUUAAAUUUCGAGACAAUAAAAGGUUGUAUGAGGAAAAUAAUAGAGAAAAUAUGAAUGAUUACAAACCACUGGUUGACAAAUGUGGCGAGCGUCGUUAUGAUAUUAUCGACAGAGCGUUCAAGCUCGCUCGCUGGAGAAGUGGAGAACCUUAA